UUUUGUUCGGUUGUUUUUUGUCGAUUGGCUUGUAGUUUUUUUGAUUUUUUCUUCGAUUUUUUUGUGUUGCUUGCAAAAUUAAAAGUUAAAAAAACAACAAAAUGGUUGAAGCUUACGUUGCACCCACCAUCAUUACCUGUAUUUGGGCAUUUAUUGGCAUCAUUUGCCCCUUCUUUGCCAGAGGCCCAAACAAAGGCAUUACCCAAUGUUGCCUUAUGUUGACCGCUGCCACCUGUUGGUUGUUCUGGCUCUGUUGUUAUAUGACUCAAAUGAACCCCUUGAUUGGCCCUAAACUAUCGAUGAACGAAAUCAUGAUUAUUGCCAAGGAAUGGGGCAAUCCCAUUGAAGACACCAUCGACAUUACUUAUUAUUAAACGAACAA